UGAACGCAACAUUGUUGACUUCGCCCUGCUAAUACGUUGUAGUCGUAGUAUAGCUGGAAUGGCAGACUUACCUGUGCAAUCAGCAGCUAUGUCUGCCUACACCCUGGGUAUAGACAUUGGCACCACCUCAGUUAAAGUGGUUUUAUUAGAAACGGACUCCAGGUCGUUGGUUGCCACUCAUUCUUUGCCGACAACGUCUGAUAUAGUCGACAGCAGCGGGAUUAAGGCGAAAGAACAAGACCCGGACCGGAUCAUUGACGCUCUAAACAGAUGUGUCGCCCUGCUGCCCAGAGACAAGCUGCAGGGUGUCAGCAGCAUCGGACUGUCCGGACAGAUGCAUGGGGUUUUAUUCUGGAAAGCAAACAACGGUUGUGAUUGGUCUAACAGGGACUCCUUCACACCUCGCAACACCAGUCAGCUGAUCACCUGGGAGGACGGGCGCUGCAGCAGUCACUUUCUGUCCUCUCUUCCGCAGCCAGACUCUCAUCUUAGUGUAGCCACAGGAUUUGGCUGUGCAACAAUCUUCUGGUACAUGAAUCACAGGCCUGAGUUCCUUGAGGACUUCACAGUUGCAGGAACUAUCCAGGACUAUGUUGUGUCCAUGUUGUGUGGUUUGGAUAUCUGUGUGAUGACGCCACAGAAUGCAGCCAGCUGGGGUUUCUUCAACACCUCCUCCAAUCAGUGGAAUACCGACAUUCUGAAGGCCGCCGGCUUCCCUUUGCACCUUCUUCCUCACUGUGUGCCAUCUGGUGGCUUGGCGGGAAAUACGUGCUCUGACUGGCAUGGUAUACCUGCUGGUAGACCAGUAGCAGCUGCCCUGGGAGACUUCCAGUGCUCUGUUUACUCCUGUAUGAGUGAACGGACAGAUGCAGUUCUCAACAUAAGCACAUCUGCACAGCUGACCUUUGCCUUGCCAGUUGACUUCAAACCUCCAGAUUCACCUCAGCCCGCCUCCUCUAUCACAUACUUCCCCUACUUCAAUGACUCAUACUUGGCGGUGGCAGCGUCACUAAAUGGAGGAAAUGUGCUGGCCACUUUUGUGAAGAUGCUAAGGGCCUGGAUGAAAGACCUUGGUGCAGAGCUGAGUGAUUCAUGCCUGUAUGAGAAGCUGAUCAACUGUGCCCUUAAUCAGGACACAAGCGACCUCAGAGUGAGUCCCACCAUUCUUGGAGAAAGACACGACCCGCUCUGCCUGGGCCAAGUGACCGAGAUCUCCACCACCAAUCUAUCUCUUGGCCAUGUGACCAGGGCACUGUGCCGAGGAGUCAUGGACAACAUCACCUCCAUGAUGCCUGCUGAGUGUCUGCAGCAGGCAGGAGUCAGUAGGAUUGUGGGCAGUGGGAGCGCCCUUGCCCGCAAUGAAGUGCUGAAACAGGAAGUGGAGAAGGCGUUUCUUCAGCCAGUGGUGUACGGACAAAAUGCAGACUCUGCUGUUGGCGUUGCCAUGGUGCUCUGUGACUUACUUUGAAUGAGAGGUGAAUCCACAAGGAAAUCUGUUUACAUGAUAAACUGUUAAUUUGCACACCUACCCGCAUAUGCACAGGUACCUUGAUUCACUGAGUAAAGAGGAACAAUCAGGCAAAGUGUGGUGCUACAACAGAUUUUACAAUAUGAAACUAAAAACUAAAGAUUUUCUUUUUCCAAGGGGAAGGAUCAGAAGUCUUACGUGACCUGUGGCUCACUAUGAGUCAAGAGGUCUCAGACAUUUUGGGACAAAUUAAGACUAAAAGAUCAAAGCUACCAAAAUAAGAACUUUGGUAUAAUGCAACAACAAACCCAGAUACAUGUUCUUAUAUUUUCACAUUUUCACUCUCCCUGUUUUAGGAGAGAGACCUUUAAUGUUUGAUCUUAAAUUGAGAUACAUGAUUGCUGCCUUUUCUUUGCCUUAAUUACUGUUUAAUUUAGAAGUCCUGGUACUAAAGCGGUUAUAGUUCUUACUUUUUAUACAAUUCUUUGUUGCUUUGGCCUUAAGUGUUUUCACAUUACUUUAAUGUUUCCAAACUUUGUCUUGCUUCUGCAUGUCUGGUGCCUGUUUCAUUUUAUAGAAUGGUGAGAAAGAAGGAUGUGAAAGUUAAUGAGAGAGGAGAAAUGUUGGGCUCAAACUGACCAGAUGUGCAACCCAGUGCUGAUACAAAUGUUAGAGAAACAGAAGAUUAUGAAUAUUAUCGAAUUGAAGGAUUCUGCAGUAGUUCACAUGGAAAAUUGUGAGUCAGUGCUAUUUAUGGUUUGAAAACUUUUUAUGAUUAAGGGUAAUGUUUCAACUGGUAAACAUAUUUUACCAGUGUGUCUAUGGGAAAUGAACUUGUAUUAAAGAAGAUAUUUUUGUUGAAAUGACCAGCUUUCUGCAGAUAUAUCUUUCUUCAAAUGGACCAGUAGUUGAAGUCGUGUAAUAUUAUCAUGCCACAAAUAAAGCAGCAUUCAAAUUUAA